AUGACACUAUUCGAGAUAGCUCAGUACCAAUGUGAAACUGCACAAGGUGGCUGCUGCAAGGAACAAGGCAGUAAAUGCUACAGGUGUGAUAAACCGGGUCACCUAGCUGCUGAGUGCUGGAGCAAGGAUUUGGAGUGUAGAAGAUGUGGAAACAAGGGUCACAUCGAACGUGCAUGUAAAACAAAAAAAGAAACAAGCAAAAAGCAUAAUCAUAAAAAGUCAAUUGCUCACCCACAAAGAAAAAGUGUGAAUAAGGUGGAGCAGAGUCAAAGCUUUGUGUGUGACAGUUCAGAAGAGGAGAUUUCGCUGAACAUACUGACUGUCGCUGGUGAGUCACGAGGUUACUGGGCCUCACCAUUAAUUGAAGGACAGAGAGUACGCAUGGAAAUUGAUACUGGUGCUGCUGUUUCCAUUGUUUCUGAGAAUGUGUACAAGAAUACACUUAAGCACCUGUCUUUGAAACCAGCUAACAUUAAGUUAAAAACAUACACUGGUGAACAGGUUCCUGUGCGAGGAGUGGUGGAUGUCACAGUUCAGCUGAACAAGCAAACAGCCAAGCUGCCAUUGUAUGUGGUAAAAGGAGAUUACCCAUCUCUGCUCGGUCGUGCAUGGCUGGAUAAAAUCACACUGGACUGGCCUGCAAUUCGCAUGAUGGUAAAGGAAGAAACUGGACUGAUCGACAUUCUAAACAAACAUGCUGACGUGUUUAAGGAUGAACUUGGUAACAUGAAAAACAUUAGCGUCAAAUUGGACACUAAGCCAGAUGCCAAGCCAAAGUUCCUAAAGGCACGUCCAGUCCCCUAUGCAAUUAGACCUAAAGUGGAAGCACAUCUGAAAUCCCUAGUUCAUAGCGGGGUUCUAGAGCCAGUCAGCGUGAGCAGUUGGGCUACACCCAUUGUACCAGUCAUAAAGAAAGAUGGGUCCAUCAGGAUAUGUGGGGAUUUUAAAGUCACACUUAACCCUGCGUUGGAGGUGGAACAGUACCCUCUGCCCCACAUUGACGACUUGUUUGCUGAGCUGGCAGGAGGACAAAAAUUCAGCAAAAUUGACCUUAGUCAAGCUUAUCUCCAGAUGAACGUGGACGAAAGCUCAAGGGAACUGCUUACUAUAAUCACACACAAGGGCCUAUAUCGCUACCGUCGUUUGCCGUAUGGGGUCACGUCAGCCCCAUCUCUUUUUCAAAGAGCAAUGGAUCAAAUUCUAAAUGGUCUAGCUGAAGUUCAGUGCUAUUUAGAUGAUAUCUUGAUCACGGGAAAGACUGAAGAAGAGCACUUGAGAAACUUGGAUGCUACCUUACAGAGGUUGAAAGAGCAUGGACUCAGAGUUCGCAAAUCCAAAUGUGAGUUCUUCCAGCCAUCUGUUGAAUACCUAGGACAUGUGAUCGACUCACAAGGCUUACACAAAGCCCCAUCCAAGGUUAAGGCAAUAAUGGAGGCACCAGCGCCUCAGAACGUGAGUCAACUUCAUUCCUAUCUUGGCCUUCUAAAUUACUACGGCAGGUUUGUCCUGAACCUAGCCUCGUUGCUAAAACCAUUGCAUCAAUUGCUCUGUCAAGACAAAGCCUGGAAGUGGACAGAUAAGUGUGCACAAGCUUUUGCCAAAACAAAGAGGGCUCUGCUGAAGUCAGAAGUCUUGACACAUUUUGACCCAGCCCUGCCAUUACAGUUAGCGUGUGAUGCUUCUCCCUAUGGGGUUGGCGCUGUCAUAUCACAUAUCAUGCCAGACGGAAAAGAAAAACCCAUAGCAUUUGCAUCACGCACUCUGAACAAAGUAGAAAGUAACUAUGCCCAAAUUGAGCGUGAAGCCCUUGGCAUUGUCUUUGGUGUUGGCAAAUUUCAUCAGUACUUGUUUGGACGGAAAUUCACCCUUCUGACAGAUCACCGUCCUCUCACCACUAUUUUUGGUCCACAUGUGGGCAUUCCAUCAUUAGCAGCUAGUCGGAUGCAAAGGUGGGCAUUGCUGCUCUCUGCCCAUUCAUACGACAUAAAGUACAGGAAAUCUGAGUUGCAUGCAAACGCAGAUGGUCUCUCCAGGUUGCCACUUCCGGUGACGCAUGCUGAGCCAAAGCAAGCUGAAAUCUUCUACUUUCAGCAGGUGGAGGAUGCACCAGUUACAUCUUCACAAGUACAACGACACACAAGGAAUGAUCCACUGUUGUCCAAAUUACUGGAUAUGGUUGUCUGUGGACGAAAUGUGGAAGACGCUGCAGAAUUGAAGCCAUACCUGGUCAGGCGCAAUGACCUUACUGUACAAGCAGGUUGCCUUUUAUGGGGACAGAGAGUGAUCAUUCCGCCAUCUUUGAGGAACAGAGUGUUACAAGUGCUGCAUUCAGGUCACUGUGGAAUUGUCCGCAUGAAAGAACUUGCUAGAAGUUACUUCUGGUGGCCAGGACUCAAUGGACAGAUCAAAGAAACAGUAUCAUCAUGCACAUCAUGUCAGAAAGUCCGCAAUAUGCCACAACUGGCCCCACUUCACCCAUGGGAUUGGCCAGAAGAACCUUGGCAACGGGUUCACAUUGAUUUUGCUGGUCCGUUUGAAGAGAAAAUGCUCCUGGUAGCAAUGGAUGCACAUAGCAAGUGGCCAGAAGUGUUCAUAAUGAAAUCCACUACCACGGAAAAGACCAUUGAGAAACUGGGUGAGAUGUUCAGUCGAUUCGGCUUUCCUGAACAACUCGUAAGUGACAACGGGCCACAGUUCAUUUCUCAAGAGUUUGAGAAAUUCCUCAAGGUGAAUGGAGUACAACACAUCCGGUCGGCUCCCUAUCACCCAUCCACAAAUGGCCUAGCCGAACGGUUUGUGCAAAGCUUGAAGCACUCACUGAAAGCUUCAUGUGGACAGAGCUCACUCCAUCAGCGUUUGAACAGUUUUCUACUGUCCUACAGAAAUGUGCCACAUUCAACUACUCAAGUCUCCACAGCCAUACUUUUCAUGAAAAGACGGCUGCGUACCAGUCUUGAUCUGCUGAAGCCUUCUAGAAUCAAAGCUUGUGUCCAGCGUCAACAGCAAGCUCAAAUUGAAAGACGAAAACAAAGAGCAAAGAACAGAGUUUUCCAUCCGGGAGAUCAAGUGUUGGCACGUAACUACACACGAGGACCAAAGUGGAUUCCUGCAACUGUCAUCACCAAGACAGGUCCAGUGUCUUACAGGGUCAAGACCGCAGAGGACAUUGUGUGGAGAAGACACACAGACCAGCUACUUCAAGGAGCAGCUGCACCUGCAGAAUCUGUUUCGGUAAAAAAAUCCUGAACUUUCGCAGUUGAGUGGUCCGAAUCAGAGACCACAGCUUUUGAAAGACUCACUAGCUUCUGAUCCUACAUCUUCAGAGCCUGUGACUGCUACAGUUCAGUCGACACUGCCCACUACUGAGGAAGUAUCUCCAUUGGACAUUCCUGUUUCAGAGGUUGGAGACGCUCGUCGUUAUCCUGUGAGAAACCGUCAACCUCCAGAUCGUUUGAGUUAUUAGUCAGUGACAUACCCAAAGGAAUGGGGCAGAAUAAUCCCCGGGGUGUUGUCAGGGUUUGAGGUAAUCUACCCUCACUCCC